AUGAACCGCGUUGAUUACAACGAGAAGGCACAAGCUCUCCUGGACGACCAACAAUCCUACAGGUCCGCACCCGCCUCGCAGGCCAAAUCGAUGAUUGGCCAGCUGACUGGACUCGUAAGCCGACUUCGGCGUAACAAUGUAAUCUCGCCAGACGAAUGGCGCCAGACAAAACAAACCGCCACGGCGUUGGCCAGGUUCUACGGACUACCAAAAAUACACAAACCCAACGUUCCUCUACGGCCAAUCGUGGCCCAGAAAUGCAGCCCCACAUACAAUUUAGACAAAUGGAUGUCACGAAAGCUCAAUUUUCUCCGAGAGGGCUCUGUGACGUCCGUCAAUUCGGCCUCCCAAUUCCUUGCCGACAUCCGGGGAAAAACUAUUCAACCCGACCAAAUCAUGGUAUCCUUCGAUGUUGUCUCACUUUUCACGUCCAUUCCACCAGACUUGGCGCGCGACGUGCUACGCAAACGCCUCGAAGAAAAAUACAACGAAACGACAGGGCCGCUAAAGAUCCAGCACCUACUGCAGCUCUUUGCAUUCUGCCAACGAACCUUUUUCACCUUCGAUGGCAGAACAUACGAACAAAUCAAAGGAACACCCAUGGGUUCCCCAAUAUCCAGCCUAGUCGCGGAAUUGGUCCUACAAGAGCUUGAAAAGGUUGCUUUCAGCCGUUACAAACCUGCGUUUUGGCGCCGAUACGUGGACGAUACAUUCGUCAUUAUUGAAAAGGACAAGCUAUCGGGUUUCCAAGACCUACUUAACAGCAUAUUCCCCGACAUUCAGUUUACAAGAGAAGACGAGGAGGACGAAAAACUACCCUUCCUGGACGUGCUCGUCACGCGCACACCUGACAGUAACCGCAGCACUACAGUGUACAGAAAGGCGACCAAUACAACCCAGGUCCUCAACUAUCAUAGCAACCACCAUUGA